AUGUUUUUGUUGUCGGUGGUUUUUGUCUUUCAGUUUGAAGAGAGCAGCUUUAGAGGACAGUCUCAGCUGAGAGACCUGCACGAAGAUCUCACUCCAUUCCUGCAUGUCAAUGGGGACCACGCUUUCCCAUUGGCCACAAACAGCAAGGGACAAGUCCUCAUGGCGGCUUCCACUUACGGUUCAGGCCGUAUUGUUGUGUUUGGGCAUGAAGCCUACUUGAAUACAUUUCCAAACGUGGAAGGCAGUGAGAAAGACUUGAUUGCGUUCAUGAAAUCUGGCGGAGGUGUGCUCUUGGGGGGACAGGCCUGGUGGUGGGCGUCACAGCAUCCCAAAGACAACGUUUUGCUCCAGUUCAUGGGCAAUAAAGUAUCCGGAGUGGCUGGGAUACACUUCACCGAGCACCACAGAGAGGCAGAGUGUGUGUCCGUGCAAGCCCAUAUCCCACAUUCUUGGAGAACCAUCAAACUUCGUAAGGAUUUUACGGAUGACUUGGGAUUUUUGCUACAAGGAGUGUCCGAGUUUGACAUAAGUGGCGGAACCUUUUCUGAAGCCCUGGUUCACGGGUCGCUGUCCUUCCCCAUCGUCGCCAAUGCAAACGGACAAGCUGUGAUCGCAGGAGGAUACUACGGAGAGGGGAGAAUAGUGGUAGUGUCACAUGAAGGAGCUUUAGGGAAUAAGAAUCUGGCUCGUUUCUGGAACAACGUGGUCCAAUGGUUGGAUCAGGGGAGACUGGGGGUCGUUGGUGUUGAAGCAACAAAUGGCUUUGACAUUCUGAACGAGUCUGGCCUAAACUGUCAGAAAACAGGUUUUAAGUCGGGUCUGAGUGUGUUUGUGCGCACAGCCUAUGGCGAGGACCAUAUUCCUCAGAUUCAGGAGUUUGUGGCUGAAGGCGGAGGGCUGCUGUUGGGAGGACAUGCCUGGUACUGGGCCCAGUCACGUCCAGGACAGAAUUAUCUUGCAGAGUUUCCAGGAAACAAGCUCCUGAACCCCAUGGGCCUCACGCUGCUGUCGGCCAUAGUUGAAGGAGGUGUGUUCAAAGCUCCGGACCCCAGCACGGCCAUCAAAGACAACUACCACUUCCGUCACGUCCUGUACCGCUUCGCUCGACACGUGACCGACAACAAAGACAUCACUGCACAUGAAGAAAAGUACUUAAAGAAACUGGGAGGAGACUGCGCCAGCUACCUGCAGCUGACCGACGACAGCUGCUGUUCGCACAUGCAGCUUCAGGUUAUGUUCACGGACAUGCUGAAGAAGACCGGGAUUCCACAGGUGUCUGAAACGUGUGUGGUGAAAAGUCCCAAAGACCACCUGCUCCUGAGCCUCUGUACAGAGGCUUACAAAAAGUGUCCGGAUCCAGAGGAGCUGCUGAAACACCUGAUCAAGGACAACCCUCUGCUGCCCGCUGUUUAUAACCACACCAUCAAACUCAAUGUCAGCACCGCAGAGGGAGAGGAGUGGAUCAGUACAGGUCUGUAUCUGUCUCCUGGGAUGAAGAGCCACUUGUCCAUGCCAAAGGAAAUCAUCGAGAAGGGAUGGAGGGUGCAGAUAGGAUGUCAGACUGACAAACUCUAUGCUAACGAGUUGAAGAGAGCUCCGUGCGUCUGUGAGAGUUUCCCAGUCACUUCAGAGAUGGUUCUGGUGCACAACCUUUGGGGAGGCCUACUUUACAUCAUAGCACCUCCAAAAACUCAAGUGAUGGGAGCUGAAGUCAUUGUUCAAGUCGGUGUUCCUGUGCCAUAUUACAAAUCAGGGGAAACCUCUCUGUCUGAUUGGUCACGUCUGCGCACGGCCCCGUCUCCCUGGGCAGAGCUGGAGUUUGAGAACAUCAUUCUGACGGUGCCCUCAGAGGUGAUCCGGACUCUGGAGCGUCCUGACGAGCUGGCCGCGCUCUGGGACAAGAUGUUGAGGGCCAUUGCAGACUUGGCUGCAAUCCCACACAAGUUUAAACGGAAAGAGAGAUUCGUCUGUGAAGUGCAGAUCUCACAUGGCUGGAUGCAUGCAGGUUACCCCAUCAUGGCACACAAAGCCCCUGCUGCAGAGAUGGUCAGUGUUAAGCAUGCAACCACCCAAGGUCUGUGGGGAUCAAUACAUGAGCUGGGACACAACCAACAGAGAGGAUGCUGGGAGUUCCCCCCUCACACCACAGAGGCCACAUGCAACCUGUGGUCUGUUUACGUGCACGACACAGUGUUAAAACUCCCCAGAGAGAAGGGCCAUGAACAGAUGCAAGCAGGAAGACGCAAAAGUCGUGCAGAAAACUAUGCAAAAAAUGGAAGGAAGUUGAGCGAGUGGGAUAUGUGGACUGCCCUGGAGACAUACAUGCAGCUGCAGGACAAAUUUGGCUGGGAUGCUCAUAAGAAGGUGUUCGCUGCUUACCACACCAUGAGUGGCUUUCCCGGAGACAGAGACAGGAAGAUGAACCUUUACGCUGUGACCUUCUCCGAGAUUGUGGGGAUGGACUUGAGCGGGUUUUUCAAAGCCUGGGGGUGGCCUAUAGAGGGCGACACUGAGAAGAAACUGUCCAACCUGCCUGCCUGGACCGACCACCCUAUGGCCCAAUACAACUGA